CUUGAAAGUGAAACUCCAUCCCUUUAGAGUUUAGAUUUUCUUCUUCUCGGGUUUGUACGGGUACGGUUUUCUAGUAUUCAUUAAUCAUUACAGUAAAUACAUACUUUCCUUGUAUUGAAUGUAAUAAUUGUAACUAAGAGCGACACCAGCUAUAAUAAUGGCUUUCGUUCUUCGAAUAUAAGUGUAACAAACUCGUACAACAGAUUAUGAGUUACAAGUUUUAUCGGUGUGUUAAACCCGUGUUGCUUUUUGAGAUAUUUUUUCAUUGAAACGUAGGAUUGUAGUAUAUUUAAGAACCAAUUCAUAAUGGUUGAAAACGGUGGUUCUAGUGGUGGCAGUGAGAGCCCGAGUGCAACUUGCGUACGUUCAGGUUUGCUGGAAACACUUGUUCGUGGGGUUUGGUACAGAGUCCACUGUUCAUUGAAAGAUGAUUACUUGAGCGUUUGUUUAGAUGAUGGAUACGAUGCCACAACGACAUUGAAUGGAACAUUAAACAAUAACAAUGUUGAAACACCGAACAGCGACUUUACUGAAGUACCAGAAGCAAUUGCAAAUCAGAAACGCGUUGUUCAGGUCGUGAAAUCUGACAACAAUGGGCUUGGAAUAUCUAUUAAAGGGGGUAUUGAGAACAAUAUGCCCAUCCUUAUCUCAAAGAUCUUCAAGGGUAUGGCUGCAGAUUUGACUGAGCAGUUGUAUGUUGGUGAUGCUAUACUCUCUGUAAAUGGUGAGGAUCUGAAGGAUGCAACUCAUGAAGAGGCUGUCAAAGCACUUAAGAGAGCAGGAAAAAUGGUCCAGUUAGAAGUAAAAUAUCUGCGAGAAGUGACACCAUACUUUCGUAAAGCUUCCAUAAUCAGUGAGGUGGGUUGGGAGCUGCAACGGGGUUACAUGGUAGAAGCACCUCCGUCGCCGCCAUCACCGCAGAGAAGACGCGCAGAUACGCGCUAUGUUCCUCUCCUGAUGGCUUGCGUUGCUAAGAACCUCCGGCACAAUGACCCUGAGGAGCGCACGAUAGAGAUAUACUCUCCCGACGGCGUGCACGCGCUGGCUCUGCGAGCUCCGUGCAGCAGUACGGCGGCCAGCUGGCAUCGGGCGGUACACGCGGCCGUGCGCCGCGCCUGCCGAGCCGCGCUGGCACGGGCCAGGCCGCACCUGCGCUCGCUCGUCGGAGAAGUGAAGUACGCCGGCUGGCUGGCCAGGCGGCCGCCUCAAGAACAUCAACAACAGGUGGGUGCGUCGGCGGGUUCCGAUGAGUCUGACGAGGCCGAAGGCUGGCAGCCUACAUUUGUUGCUAUCACUGAUCGAGAAUUAAGGUAAGCUUUAAGAUUCCUAUCCCAUACCGGCCG